AUGAAGGAAUUUAUUUCUGAAAUCUCCAGCGUGGGUCGUCUUCAACAUAGAAACCUUGUUCGAUUGCGGGGAUGGUGCAGGAAGAGAAAACAGUUGUUUAUUGUUUAUGACUACAUGCCAAACGGAAGCCUGGAUAAAUUGAUAUUCCCUGACCCAGAGGCAAAAGAAGAAGUGCUGCCAUGGGAGCGAAGAUACGCUAUUCUGGAGGGUAUUGUUGCAGGGUUGUUAUAUCUUCACGAGCAAUGGGAACGCAGAGUGGUACACAGAGACGUGAAAUCCGGCAAUGUGUUGCUUGACUCAGAGCUUAAUGCAAAACUUGGAGAUUUUGGGCUUGCCGGUUUGUACGACGAUACUCAAAAUCCACAGACAACUCGGGUUGUGGGGACUGUUGGGUAUAUCGCUCCAGAAGUGACAAAUACAGGGAAAGUUACUCCAAGCUCUAUUGUAUUCAGUUUUGGCGUUGUUUUACUAGAAGUUGCAUGUGGCAGGAGGCCCGUAGAUUUUGCCAAGGAUAGUGAACAGAUUGUUUUGUUGAAUUGGGUGAAGGAUCUAUAUCAAAAUGGAAAAAUCUCGCAUGCAGCUGACCCGAAUCUUAAUGGUGUGUAUGAUGUGGAAGAAAUGGAAAGAGUGCUAAAAUUGGGAUUGUUUUGUUCUCAUCCUCAACCGAGAAAAAGACUUGGCAUCAGAAUAGUACUUGGUGUUGUUCAUAUUACAGAUUAUGAAUUAACUGGCGAUCAAUUGAUUUCCAUUGCUGCAAACACUUCAGGAAGCCAUGGUUAUGAACAGGAUUCUGAUUAUGACGUAGGAAGGUGA